AUGGAGAUGAUGUAUCUAGCAGUUUUGAAUGAUUGUGAGCAAUCCGGUUCUGGUCUAACUAACGAAAAUAUUGGACCAUCGUCGAAUCAAGGUAAUGAUCUUAUUUCACAUGAUUUACUCGCGAGUCAUUCCCUCAAUUCCUCGACCAAUGAAUUAGCUAGGCCAUCACUCAACUCCGAUUCCAAUGGUUUCUAUUGUAAGGAGUGCGACAGAUCUUUUGGCAAUAAUCACGGACUCCUUAUCCAUAAUGGCCGCUACCAUAAAAAACAUGAGGUGGCACAACGAAUUGAUAAUGACCACUCCGUUACUGCGGUAAAAUCUACUAAAUCCAAGGCAGAUUACGAUACUACAACAAGUACUCGUAGACGAAGACUAACUUGUCCCCCAAAUCUUAUGAAUAAAGGAAAAAUCGAUAAUGAAGGGUCUAUCGUCUGUUGUCUCCCUUUCUUCCCUACAAUGCCGGAAUACGUCCAAGUAGAGAGUUGCACUCAGUGGCUUCAUUUCCAGUGCUUGUUGCAUGAAAUUUUAAUGGCCUGCAGUGAAGGGGAAAUGCUUAAAUUGAUGGUUGUAUUGGUGAAGAAUGCACUUUUGUGCCAAACAGAAGGAGUUGAGGCGGAGGAGGAGGAGGUGGGAUUCAUGACUGGAGCCAUGGGAGUAUUCCUAAUCCACUUUGGGUCAAUGUGUCUGGUAUUGAUCUAA